UUUGUUACCAUCGCCCCGCAAUGUGGUAGAAAUUUAUUCGAGAAAAUAAACAAUCUUUUUUUGUGUUGAUAAGCGGGUUCGCUAUCGGGCCACUGAUAACCACCACAGAGCAGUAGCUAAAGAGUUUCGUAUACGAGUAUAUAUAAAUCUAACAAUUUCAGACAGUCACAGCAAUUGUAAUCGAUAGUACCCACAAAGCACACGUAGCCACAAGAACUACGCAACUACACAGAAACUCCAUAUAUACGUGCAUACAAGAAUCGAAAGUCAGAAGACCUUUUACCACGAAAGCCAAAUACUCGUAACAGAAGUUGUUUCACAUAUGAAAAUGGCAAACCUUAAGCUGCAAAUAGUCGCCCUCUGCUGUGCGGUUCUACUGACCGGCAUAGCUGCCAACACGGUGUCCAACAAUGAGGAGGAUUGUCCAUCGGUAUGCGCUGCCGUCUAUCGUCCAGUUUGUGCAACAGAUGGCAAAAUUUUCAAAGAGUUUGCCAACGCCUGCGAUCUGAAGGUCAGCAAUUGUCGUCGUGAACGUAGCGCCCUGCAGAAGUAUUCAUUGACGGAUAAUGCCUGGUGCAGCUCAGAGCAUGUGGACAAUUUGCACGAGAAACUGGGCUCCGUCAAAUUAGACCGGCCCGAGUGCUUCAAGCCCUGCACCAUGAUCUAUGAGCCCCUUUGUGUGACCAAUGGAAAAUAUCGCGGAUUGAUAAGCAAUCUGUGCAUGCUGGAGGGCUUCAAUUGUGCCCUCAAGGCCACGGGCGUUUCAGAGCAGCUGAGAGUUCUGCAACCUGAGCGCUGUUAGGGAGCGACAGAUCCCUUUGGAAUGGAACAUUACAGGCUGAAAUAUAUUUUUAUACCUCACGUUAAAUUUCACAAGCAACACCAAAAACGAAUAUUUUUGAAAUAAUAAAUAUGACAACAAAUUCAAUAAAUUCGCUAUAUUCGUAA